GGAAAAAGGUGAACUUUUGCAAAGUACUAAAAUCCUAAUCUCAGCUCAUGAUUUUUGGGUAUCUGUCAGGGGACACAGUGUCAUAAAGGCGCUUGUCAUUAGACUUCCUAAACCGGCAAAAACAUCAAGGGAAAAGCAAUUGUUUGGUAGUAAAAAUUAAAUGAGCUCAAUAUCUCAAUAAAUUUAUAGCAACAUAUGGCCUUAAAAUCGUAUACAUCCCAUUUAAAUCCCAAUGUUUAUCAAGUUUAAAGUGGUUUAAAUUUUCCGUCAAAGUUACCCCCAACUCCAAGAUGCAAAACAGAUUCGCGGAUCGUCAAAAAUGAAUCAUUUUGGAAUCGCGGAGUUGGAAAUCCAACGACCAGUUCACGAUAAAACGAAUAGUUUUAAUUUUAGUUCAAUUGUUUUUUGAUUUAGCUAUUUAUUUUAAAUAGUCAUGUCCUACAAAAAAGGCGAAGCCUACACUUUGACCAUUUUGGGUGCUGGUACCAUUGGUCAAGCUCUUUUAUCAGCUUAUCUAGCAUCUGAAAAAGCUGAAGCAGCACCAUCCAAAAUCAUUGCAUGUGUUAGAUCAGAAGAAUCAGCAAAGAAAUUAGAGACCCAAUACUCCAGUGCAUCAUCUAUUCAAUUUGAAACCAGUUUUGGUGAGGAAUCCAACAAUAAGGCUGUUGAAGAAGCUGCUGUUGUGGUCAUUGGUACUAAACCAUAUAUUACAGAAGCUGCCCUAAGUCCAGUCAAAGACAAAUUACAAGGGAAAUUAUUGAUAUCCAUGGUUGCAGGAUGGACAAUUGAACAAUUUCAAACAUACUCUAGUAAAAUCAGUAGAGUUAUGACAAACACACCAGCUAAAUAUCAGUAUGGUACUGCUGUUAUUGCCAACUCUUCAGAUAUCACCGAGGAUGAACGUCAAUUGAUCCUAGAAUUAGUUUCACCAAUUGGUAAAGUUGUUGAAUUGCCUGAAAAGAAUAUGGAUGCAGCUACUGCUUUAGUUGGUAGUGGUCCAGCAUUCGUGUUGAGUAUGUUGGAAGGUUUAGUAGAAAGUGGUAUAAGUCUUGGGAUCCCAUUCAAAGAAUCCUUGGAAUGCUCCAUCAAAGUCAUGGAGGGUACUGCAAAGAUGGUUGAAUUAUCAGGCACACAUCCUGGUGAAUUGAAACACAAGGUGUGUACUCCUGGGGGAACCACUAUUGCCGGUUUAGUUGAGAUGGAGAGCCAAGGUGUGAAGUCUGGUAUCAUCAAAGGUGUCCAAGCUGCAGCACAUAGAGCCAGUGAACUAGGAAAGAAGUAG